AUAUAUCAUUGAAUUACAUAGUGAAAACAAAAUAAUCAAAAUCUUGGAACGACAAAUAAAGGUGAUAAGAAUUGAUACAAAAUUAUAAAAAGAAUCAAAUAAGCAAUAGCUACAAAAAUUUUAAAAUUGUAUAAUUCGAAAAGUGUUUUUGUGUGUAGAGUGAUUGAAACGAAAAUUAAUAACCUAUAGCCGGUUAUUAAAAAAAAAAUACCCGGUAGUUUAACGCAAAAAUGAUGGACAUUAGCAGCAUGUACGGCAAUCAUCAUCCUCAUCAUUCUAAUACUUAUCACAGUGGUGCAGCUGGAGUGCCAGACAUGACCACAGUUGUUGCUGCCAAUGCAUACCCCAAUGCAUAUUUUCCCAACUCAUCGGUCAUGACACAUGGAGCUUUACAUCAUCAGCAAAAUCAUCAUCUAAAUAGCGGUUACAACGCCUAUGACGGAUCGUCGCCAAACUAUUAUCAGCAGCAGCAACAACAACAUCAGCAGCAACAGCCUCAACAAUUGACACCACCGCCCAGUCAGCCAUCGGUCCAGGGUCAACCUUUAUAUUCCCACUCGCAUUCACAUUUGUUUAGUCCUACCGCGGCCGAGUAUGGCAUUACCACAUCCAACACCUUGGCGGCAGCUACACCCUCGCAUCCCUCCAAUGCCAGUCAUUCGCCCAGCGAAGCGGUCUACUAUGAAAAUGACUCGGUUCAUGCUUACUAUGCUACGGCCGCUGUGGCAUCAGUUCCUCCGGCAACUACCAGCUCUCCCGUUACUGCUGCCAAUGCCACGGCUCAUGCAGCUCAAAAUGUUCCUAUGGAUCCAGCCAUUAUUAGUUCGGAAAAUGGUUUAAGCUACACUAACCUGGAUUGUUUGUACAAUCAAAACUCUCCCCAUCAACAUUCCAAUCAAAACUCCUAUCUGCCCGCUGAAGAGAAAUACGCUUCAGUCUUGCAUUCGCAAUACACAAUGGACGAUACAAUGAUGCAUUUGACUGCCAGCGCAAAUAAUACACAAAAUCAACAGCACUCUCCACAAUUGUGGUCACAUCAACAUCAUAUGUCUGCCACCUAUGCCAAUACAUUGGAUUCCAGCGGUCUGCCUAUGGAUUCAUAUAGUAUGAAUCCCCAUUUACACCCCCACAGUAUGCCACAACACUUACCUGCCCACAGUCAAGUUAACCCACAGUUGGGUGGCCAACAACAGCAAUCAUUGCUGCAACACCAUUCACCACCCACCACGGCUUGUGUUAGUCAAAAUUCAAGAUCACAAAACGUAGUGUCGCCUGGUGGCACCACCACCACUUCAACGGCCUCUACAUCUUCUGUGACCAGCACUUCGGGCUCCAAUGGUGGCUCCAAUAACAAUACGUCACAAGCCAAAUCUCCAAGUCAUGGCAAUAAUUUGCCCACCUACAAAUGGAUGCAAUUGAAGAGAAAUGUACCAAAACCACAAGCACCAAAACUACCUGCCACUUUGCAUGAUUAUCAUCAUAUGAAUGGUCAAGCUACGUUGGAUGCAAUGUGUCGCAAUGCUUCAACAGCUGGCGGCGUAUUGGCGGCCCAUCAAAUGGGUGGACAAGGUACCCCAACUGUCCUACUCUCCGGCAGUCAUAGUCCCAGCAGUAUGGUACAAAUGUCUUGCGGUUUGGCGGCCACCAACAAUUCAGGACGCACCAACUUCACCAAUAAACAAUUGACCGAAUUGGAAAAAGAAUUUCAUUUUAAUCGCUACUUGACACGAGCCAGACGCAUAGAAAUUGCCAAUACUUUGCAAUUGAAUGAAACACAGGUUAAAAUUUGGUUUCAAAAUCGUCGCAUGAAACAAAAGAAACGUGUUAAAGAGGGUCUAAUACCGGCCGAUAUUUUAACCCAACACACUGUUACCACUACAACCAACUCCCCGCCUGCUAUAAAUUCAACAACUUCCCCGGCUGCAUCAGCAGCCACACAACAAAAUACAAAAAAUCUGGCAACUAAUAAAUGCACAAACACCAGCAGCAACAACAAUAACAAUAACACUAACAUCCAUAACAGCAGCGGCAGAACAACAGCAACCCCAACAUUAACAGAAUGUCAGUUGGCAAUGCAGCAUAACAGUGAUAACAGUCGAGAGUCAAUGUAAAACGUACACUUAACAGUAAAUAAUCAAAACAAAUAGAACAAACUGAAUUAAAUAUUUAGUUCUCUAAAUAAAUUGCCAAAUGACAAAUGAACUUUAAUCUUCUAAACAAAACAACAAAAAUAACAAUAAUUUGCUCAUUUGGCUGUGAUAAAAACAACUAACAAACUACUUUUAAAUAAAAAGAUCUAAAAUCAAAAAAAUAAACUUAAUAUCAAAUCAAUCACUGUAUGUACAUAAAUUACUUGAUAAUUAAACAAUUUUAAUUUAUAGUUAUAGCAAAAUAGCUGAAAUUGAAAUAAAAAUCUUUAAAAUAUGUAUAAAAAACGGAGAUAAAAGUGUAUCAAAACAAACUCAGGGUUCUUUUUACAUAAACAAAUGAAAAAAAAUAUUGAAAAAUUAAGCAAAUAAACAAAAAAACCGACAAGUAGUUCUAGUAUUUAAUAAGUUAAACUAAAUUUAAAUUAAAAAAGUAAA